AUGCUGCCGUGCGAUCUCUCUGGUUUGGGGGCGGAUUAUUCAAUUUUUCCACUAACUAGUUUUCAUGCCUUUUUUUUCUUUGAAAGGCACAAUGUUUUCUUUGAAACAGACAGAAAGUAACUGCCCGUUCGCUGCCUGUACAAGCCCCACCCUGAUGCAAGGCUGAGCCUUUUCCCUCCCACCACAAAACAUUUAACAACAGAGGACCCCUUGGCACACAGAAAGGAAGCUGCUGAAAAUAAACACUAUUUUGAACUGUUUUAACUUCUUGUGCUGGCACUUUCUGAGCUGGAUCCCACUCCCCUCCUCUCCCUGCAGAGGGGGAGCCAGCUACACUGGGAGUGUAGCCGAGAAGGCUCUGAAAACGGAUUUAACAACCCUUAACCAGCGUGAGGAGAGAGGACCCAGGCUGCUGUAGGCAUCUUCUAUUGGGUGCUCAAUCCAAGAUGGCUGCCCUCAUCACUGAAAACUUCCGCUUCCUUUCUCUGUUCUUCAAAAGCAAAGAUGUGAUGAUCUUCAAUGGCCUGGUGGCCCUGGGUACAGUGGGCAGUCAGGAACUCUUCUCUGUGGUCGCCUUCCACUGCCCCUGCUCUCCGGCCAGGAACUACAUCUAUGGACUGGCUGCCAUUGGAAUCCCAGCCCUGGCCCUGUUCCUCAUCGGCGUCAUCUGGAACAACCACACCUGGAAUUUGGUGGCCGAGUGCCACAAGAGAGGGGCCAAGAACUUCUCAGCUGCAGCCACCUUCCUGCUCUUCGGCUCCAUCAUAGGGCGGGCGGCCGUGGCCCCCGUCACCUGGUCGGUCAUCUCACUGCUCCGUGGAGAAGCCUACAUCUGUGCCCUCAGUGAAUUUGUGGAUCCUGCCUCCCUAGAUAAAUUUCCAUCCAGAUAUGGACCAGAGACCCUGGCCAGGUUCCCUUGUAAGGACAUUCCAGGGAACUUGACAAGUUUUAAGGAAGAAGUUAUAAGAAGACUAAGAUAUGAGGCCCAGCUCUUUGGAUGGCUGCUCAUUGGGGUCAUCGCAGUCUUGGUUUUCCUCACCAAGUGCCUGAAGCACUGCUGCUCGCCACUGAGCUACCGGCAAGAGGGCUACUGGGCCCAGUACCGCUCUAGCGAGGCCAAGCUCUUCCAGCGCACUGCCGAAGUCCACUCCAAGAUCCUGGCUGCCAACAAUGUCAAGCAGUUCUUUGGCUUUGUGGCUCUGAAUAAGGAGGAGAAAGAGCUGGUCGAGGAGUUCCCAGUGGAGGGAGUCCAGCCAAGCCCGCAGUGGAACGCCAUCACCGGGGUCUAUAUCUACCGGGAAAAUAAGGGCUUCCCACUCUACAGCCGGCUCCAUAAGUGGGCCAAAGGGGUGGAAGGGAACGGGCCAGGGCCUGAUGGUCAGGAAAUGGUCUUCCUAGCCACAUAAGAGAACCAGCAGCCCAAGGGGAUGACAGGACCAGUUCCCCACACCAUCUUUGCGUCACUGUACGUUCAAAUAGGUAAAAACGGCACAGGUGCAUGGCUAGUUGAUUUGCUGCUAAUUCUCCUCCAAACAGCUGUUCCUCCUGGGCACAGCACGAGAGGAAGGAUGAACAGCUUCAGGAUGAAGACCAACUGCAUCGUGCCAGGAACCAGUCUCUAUGACACAACCAUGCACUGCUGCUCCCACACAGAGGACGUGGCACCUAAAGCCGGUAUGUGCACCCUGUCUCCAGACUAUCAGUGCUGCAGCCCUACUGUUCUGAUGCACAGACAGAGCUCCCAGGUCCUGCCUACAAAAAGACAUAUUACAGAUGGGAAACCAGAUACAAUACACUGCCAGCGUUCCCCCAUCUCAGCUACGAAUGCUGCAGCCUCUUUGCUCUCCUUCAUUUCAGGGUCAGGACAAGACCACCAAGCACAAUUUCCUAUUUUAUUAUUAAGAGUUUAUCUUGCGGUUCUAUAGCAUAAAGAAAUUCCCAGGACACCUGAUGGGCAGCGGCAUCAGGGGUGGAACAACAACAACAGUCCAUCAAUGCACCAAAAAACUCCAGAGUCUCAGGGUUUGUCUACGUGAAGGAAGGGAGGGGGUAGUAUGCAGUAACUUGGAUUGGUGCACAUUGAAAUGACCUGCGUUCACACAAUGCAGACCCUGAAAGCACAGUAGCUCCAUAGUUAAAGGGUACAAAGUUCACCAGGCACUGGAGUUAAUACAAACCUAUGUUCAUGUAUGCACAUUGCUCAUUCACACUAAUUUGGCGGGCCUCUAAGUGCCAUCCCACACUGCUUUGCAUGUCCCGAGGACUGACCUGUCGGUUUACCUGUGUAUCCUCCCCCUCCACUUCUCUGGGGUCAAGUUGCACUGAUGCCAGCAAGUAGGACAUGGAUAUUGCACAGGGAAAUUUAAUGAAGUGGAAUGUAAUUACCCAAUUGGAAACUAGUCAGGACAUCAAACACCCUCUUUCAUGAGCACAAAUGGUCAUCAGCUUGGUUUUAUGCAUCUGGAAGACAGCACCGUCAGCAGACCUGCAUCCUGCUGAGCUGGGUUCGGACAAGUUGAGUCAUUAACACCAUUUCCUGCAGCACCUUGGGCUUCUCAUCCAAGCACUGACCAGCUUUGCCCCUGCUUAGGGUCUGAGAUAUGGCAAGCUCAUAAUCAGACUUAGUUACAGUGCACACUCUUCACACUUAAUUGUAUCAGUUAAGCAUCUUCCUCCUACUGGAAGGAGACCAGAAACCAGCCAGCCAAAAGACUGCAUUAUGAGCAUGUCUUGUGCCUGUAGAGACUGAGGUUUGCAUUGAUGGGAAUCGGUGGGAUUUAGCCAUGGAAAGCAGAGACCACUCCUCCCUUCUUUCAUUGGGCUUUUUAAACUGUUUCUACUGCCUUAGAUGGCUCCUGAAUGAGAUCCUUGCAGAUUCUCUCUCAGGAACUAAGUUCCACUCUGAGAAACAGACGGGAGGUUUAAACGUACCACUGUCAUUGCACUAUUGUGUUGUCCACUGGCUGGACACGAUUUGAAUUUAUAGCAUUGCACAAUUCACCAGUCUCUAAUUGCAUGUUGAAUUACACAAUUGUCUCUAUUUUAAUGGUUGGCAGCAUGUUGGAGUUAGCUUUUCUUAUUUAUAAUGCUCCUUUAUAUAUGCACCUCGUUUUUAUGCGCUUUUGCUAUGCCUUUCAUGGUACUGUCAACCCCAAAUGUACAGACAUCAUGAGUCAGGCACUUCAAACUCAUGCGACUCGAUUAAAAAUUAAGGUUUUUUUAAAAUAAAUAAAUAAAUUUGAAUUAUUUUUCCUCUUUGCUUUCUGAUCUCUGAACAUUUUGCGUGCUGCUGGGUCAAAGAAAAGCGUGAAAAUGUGAACCCGAGGGCCAGAAACUUACUUUGUUUUUUUAAAUUAAAGUUCCGCUUCUGUCAUGUUCACAUGACUCCAGGAGCUGACGGUUUAAGCAGACCACCAACUAUCAUGAGAGUUGGUGAUAUUGCUUUCAUAAUCCUUGCUGUACUGAUUUGGGUGCAGGUUUUACAGAGGAUCGAUGCAGUGGGUGAAGGGAGGACCGGACCCUGCUCUCUUAUGAGUAAGAGCUGGAGCAUAGCUAGCAAUUGGAAAUGGGCACUGGGGGACAGCUCAGGAACUGCUGGUGCUAAUACACACAGGUUGUCAUCGCUAUACAUCACAUGCUGGCAGGAAGUGACGUGAUGGCAGUCCCUUUGCUAAGGUGUUUGAGUUGGGUUUUUUAAUUCUCCUUUUCCUUUAUGGUACAGACCUUCUAUGCAGCUCUCCUUGGAGAUCUACAACAGACAACAACCAGGACGCUUAAUAAAAGUAUGACAAAUAGAAAGAAGUCAGGAUUUAGCAUAAUGAGUAACUGCUGUUCAUGCCCAUCAGCUGAGUCAGGAACUCAGGCUAUAGCAAGCAAUAGCACCACCACUCCAUCAGCUUCUAGCCAUGGGCUCUGCUGGUUAUCAACUAGGUAUUGAGCAUGGAUUUUGUAAUGAAGGAAGGAGCCCAAGACUGAGUUAGGAACAGCCUGUUCCUCUCUCAGGAGACCUCCAUAAACCGGGCAAAAAUUCAAAAAACAGGCACUGUAGCCAAGAUUCUUUUCCACUGCCUCUCUAAUGGCUGAAAAGAGCAAACACAAAUUUAAAGAUCAAAAAUUAAUCUUAGAUUCAACUAAUUACAACCCACACCCUUCUUACUAAAGGUUAAACAAAAGCGUCACAAAGUCAUCUUGCAAGAAUUUAUUUUAUAACAUUUUGAAGGGCCCAUAAUCCCACGCCUCAGAUUAACCUCCCGACCCUGAGGCCACAGAACCAGCCUAAGAAGAUAGUUCUCAACCUGGGCUGACGUUGGUCAGUGAGAGCCUUCUGACGCUCAUUCCUUCUCUACAUAAAAAGGAGGGAAUGAAAGGUGGGCAGAGGCGCGUAAACACAGACCAUAAGAAUGGCCAGACUGGGACAGACCCAAUGGUCCAAUUCACCCAGUGUCCUAUCUUCUGACAGCGGCCAGCGCCAGAUGCUUCAGAAGGAACGAACAAAACAGGACAAUUAUCGAGUGAUCCAUCCCCUGUUGUCCAAUCCCAGCAGAGGUUUCGGGAUACCCAGAGCAUGGGGUUACAAUCUUGACCAUCGUGGCUAAAAGCCAUUGAUGGACCUAGCCUCCAUGAAUUUAUCUAAUUCUUUUUUGAACGUAGUUAUACUUUUGGCCUUCACAAUAUCCCCUGGCAACAGGGUGAUGGGGCGUUGUGUGAAGAGGUACUUCCUUAUGGUUGUUUUAACCCUGCUGCCUAUUGAUUUCAUUGGGUGACCCCUGGUUCUUGUGUUAUGUUAAGGGGUAAACAACAACACUUCCUUAUUUACUUUCUCCACACCAGUCAUGAUUAUAUAGACCUCUAUCAUAUCCCCCCUUUGUCAUUUCCUUACAAAGCAGAACAUCCCAGUCUUUAUAAUCUCUCCUCACAUGGAAGCUGUUCCAUAUCCCUAACCAUUUUGUUGCCAUCUCUGUACUUUUUAAAAUUCUAAUAUAUCCUUUUUGAGAUAGGGUGACCAGAACUGCAUUCAGUAUUCAAGGUGUGGGCAUCCCAUGGAUUUAUACACUGGCAUUAUGAUAUUUUCUGUCUUAUUAUCUAUCCCUUUCCUAAUGUUCCUAACAUUCUCUUAGCUUUUUUGACUGCCACUGCACAUUGAGAUGUUUUCAGAAAACUAUCCACAAUGACUCCAAGAUCACAGUCUUGAGUGGUAACAGCUUAUUUAGACGUCAUCGUUUUGUAUGUAUAGUUGGGAUUAUAUAUUUUCCAGUGUUCUUUACUUUGCACUUAUCAACAUUGAAUUUCAUCUGCCAUUGUGUUGCCCAGUGACCUAGUUUUGCGAGAUCCCAUUGUGACUCUUCACAGUCAGCUUUGGACUUAACUAUCUGGAUUAUUGAGUAUCAUCUCCAAAUUUUGCCACCUCACUGUUUACCUCUUUUUCCAGAUCAUUUAUGAAUAUGUUGAACAGCACAAGUCCCAGUACAAAUCCUGGGGGGACGCUGCUAUUUACCACUCUCCAUUGUGAAAACUAACCAUUUAUUCCUACCCUUUGCUUCCUGUCUUUUAACCAGUUACUAACCCAAGGAAGGAUCUUACCUAAUUUCAUGACUAUUUAUGUUGCUUAAGAGCCUUUGGACAGUACCCAGAUUCGGAAGGGAACAACAAGAGAUUCUGCUGGCGGACUAUUUUCCAGUAAAGGGAAGAGGUCACAUUUUCUUUCAUGAAGAAGGGUGUGACAUUUGGAAUUAGGCCCUUCAAGUAGAUGUAUAACACCUCAGCCGGAGAAGCACAAAAGAACUCCCUGAUACUAUACUUGGCUUCUAACGAUAUAGUUCGUCUUAUGGAGUUAAGUGGAUUUAAAAAGAGGAGUGCACAGGAAGGUUUUGCUCAGAGCUUUCUGGAAGAUGUCCAAGACAAAUAUUAAUUAACAAAAGAACUGGUAGCAACCUAAUCUGUUUUAGGAAAAUCACAACUUCCUUUGCAGUUGGCAAUGGGGGUAUAUGGAGAUAUGUUUCUUUGUGUUAGAUCUAGUCAUUGGCUCUUUUGAUGAAAAAUGUUCUCUAAGAGUCACCACUUGCAUGGAGCCCCUUGGACUCUGCAGGAUGGUCCAGGGGUUAGGUUGCUAAAUCCGGGAUUUAGGAGAUGAGGGGGUCAAUUCCCUGUUUUGCCAGAUCUCGUGUGUGACCUUGGGCCAGUCACUCCACCUGUGUCACAACUCCCCAGCUGUACAAGGGGGUAACAGCACUGCCCUACCUCAGCGGGAGGAUGUCAGGAUAAAUUCAUUAAAGAUUGAGAAGGGCUCGGAUACUACACUGAUGGUAGCUAUAUAAGAACCUUAGAUAGGCAGUCAGAUUCCAAGUAUGAAAGGGUUAAAAUGGGAUGGGUUAUUUUUCAUUAAGUAACACUUGGUUUCUUCUCUCAGUUUAAUGACCUCUUAGACAGCUGCUGCUCAGGCAGUCUCCUUUCUAAUUACUGUCCAUCACAAGCCAUGUUUGUUACCCGAGAGUUGCUCAUGAGCACUGGAUCAAGUUUAAUUGGAUGGCCAUAGGCUUUAAGAGGAAUCAGGCAGGUUGUUGUGCUAAAUUGCUGGCAGCACAAAGGC